UGGCUGUGCUGCUCGCCCAUCACAAAAGCCUGGUGACUGAGGGUUUCGGGUCACGUGCAGAAUCAACGGGAAAGUCUACGGCAGGGAGUUGGCUGGCUCCAAGCAGAAGGCCAAGCAGCUGGCCGCCCAGAGGGCCCUUGAGAAGUUCCACUCGGAGGACGCGGCCGCGAGACCCGAAGUGCCCCCGGAGGCGUCCAUCGCGUCCAGCAGUGAGAGCAGUUCCUUGCUCAGAUCCCGCAGGCUCAGCACCCUUGAGUCGCUCUCUGGAAGAAGCUCCCUUGACAGAAACUGCCGCAGUGAUGGCUGGGACUCCUCCCCGUCCUUGGGCACCUCCAGCAGCAGCAGCAGCAGCAGACAGCUGCCUGUACACCACGGAGAAGAGCUUUCUUGAGCACUUCACAGACAUCAAACCAAUUGGCACUGGAGGAUACGGGCAAGUUUUCAAAGCUCGUCACAAGAUUGAUGGCAAGACUUAUGUUAUUAAGCGCGUAAAAUACGACAACGAGAAAGUGAAGCGUGAAGUCGAAGCUCUGGCGGAGCUCAGGCACCCGAACAUCGUUCUCUACCACGACUGCUGGAAGGGGCCCGACCGCUGCUUCAGGGACUAUGAGUGGAGCAGUCCACUUGAAGAUGAGGAAGAAUCUCCUCAUGCUAGCGGGCCGGAGACUGAAUGCCUUUUCAUCAAAAUGGAAUUCUGUGGUCAGGGGACCCUGGAAGAGUGGAUCGACAGGAUGAGGAAACAGGAGCCCGACACGGCCCUGGCAUUACAGUUUUUUGAACAAAUAGUUGAAGGUGUGAAUUACAUACACGAAAAAGGAUAUAUUCAUAGAGACCUCAAGCCGUCGAACAUAUUUCUGGUGGAUGAAAAGCAAAUAAAGAUCGGAGACUUUGGGUUUGUCACCUCCCUGGAAAACGACAGCCAACGGACCACGGACACAGGGACCGAUUGGUACACGAGCCCGGAACAGAAUUCCUCAACCGAUUAUGGAAGCGAAGUGGACAUCUAUGCCUUGGGGAUCAUUUUCCUGGAACUUACUCACAUCUGUAAAACUUCUUCGGAAAUGGCAAAGAUCUUUUCACAGCUAAAGGAAGGAGAAAUCCCCAAAGAAUUCAGCGGCAGAAAAAAAGCUCUCCUGGAGCAAUUACUCGCGCUGGACCCCUCGAAGCGACCCAGUGCUCAGGAACUGCUGUAUACCUUGAGGAGCUGGAAGGACGGGGCUGGGUCCAUCGAGCACAGGACGUGCUAGAGUCUUUCGGAGAAGGCCGCAGCCGACAUUCCUGGUCUAGGAACUGUUAAGAACUUGUUAGGGAGAAUUGUUAAAACUGGGGGCGGGAGCAGUUGUACAGCAGGGAGGGUGUUUGCCUUGCCCGCGGCCAACCCGGGUUCGAUUUCCAGCAUCGUAUAUGGUCCCCCGAGCACCGCCAGGAGUAAUUCCUGAGUGUAGAGCCAGGAGUAACCCCUGUGCAUCACCGGGUGGGACCCAUUUUUUUUUUAUCUUAAAUUACUAUUAAAUUAUCUUAAGUUACUAUUAAAAACAAGCAUUUGCGGC